AUGAAUCUUGAACAAAAUGUUACCAAAACAGAAUUACCUGUAAAUCAAUACUUCGUUGAUUACGACACACUCAAGAAGUAUGUUCCCCCUUAUUUCAAUGAUGCUGAUCAGACUCCUGAGCCGGUGCUAUGCGAAACGGAGGGUGAAUGGCCAUCAUGGAUCAAGGGAUCAUUUGUAAGGGUCGGAACCGGUAGAUAUAGUGUGCCAUUGUCAGAUGAUGAUUCAAAACCUCGUGCAGUUUUGCAACACUUUUUUGAUGCUCUUGGUAUGCUUCACAAGUUUGAUAUUGCUAACGGAAAGGUUAAAUACAAUUCUCGUUACACGACAGAAGGCGUUGUCCGUAAAGCAAAGAAGAAUGGUAGGUUAAAGAAUAUUAUGUGUUUCGGUGUUGAUCCAAACACUCCUUUGAAAGGUUUCCAAGAUCCAUGUCAGGCAUUAUUAAGACAACAACAAUCUGUUUUUAUUCCAACAGGUCACUUAGAACCAGAUGAGUUGAAUAUUAACGUUGUUGUCCGCCGUGGAUUCUCCCUUCCAGAUACUGGUAACCCAUAUUCCCAACCAGAAGCUGAAAACCCAGUUGCUGACGAAGUAGUGGUUCAAACUGAAGGCCCUUACUUUCAGGUUUGUGAUUCCCGUACAUUAGAACCAAAGAGAAUGUUGAGAUUCAGCGAUAUUGAUCCAAAACUUCAAGGUCAAGGCACAUGCGCACAUUUUAUUAAGGAUAGAAAUACUGGAGAGAUAUUUAACUACUUGGUUACUGACAAAGGUGAACUAACGGUUUUUGCUCUUGAUAUCAAGACUAAGCCUUCCAAGCUAAUCUGGCAUACAAAAUUACCUGGUCCUCCAUGUUACUGUCACUCCUUAGCUGCAACUGAAAAGUACGUAGUCUUCAUUAGAAACCCAAUCACCAUUGACUUAGCAGAUAUUGAAAACAAAACAUUUGCUGAUUCGUUUGUGUAUGAUCCAGACUGUCCAGUAUUCUUCUUCAUUGUUGAAAGAUCCACUGGUAGUCACAUUGCAACCUAUAAAUGCCCCAACUUCAUGUUCUUUCAUUCCGUCAAUGCUUACGAUUAUGUUGACGAAUUAACUGGAGAAGUUAAUGUCCAUAUUGAUCUCUGUAGUUAUGAUGGUCAAGAGAGUAGAAGGAUUCCGUACAAAGAAUAUUCUUUGAGUAAUGUUAUUGACCCAAUACAUUCAUUUGAGAAUGGCUAUUUAGUCAGAUACGAAUGUGCUAACAUCUUGGGGGAAGCAUCUCAAAAGAGUGUUACUGAAUUUGUUUGUGAUAGCUCAGCAAAUGUUCCAAGAGCUUACGUCAAGCAAGCUGUCAACCAACAUAUGGAAUUACCACGUAUUAAUAAGGCUGCUUCUUGCAAUCCAUCUUACCGUUAUGUAUAUGCUUGUGGAGGUACUGGCAAGCCUUCUCCGGGUACAAGAGUCCCAAUUGGUCGCAUGACAAAUGGCACUAAGUUUGUUUCUAUGUCUUUCUUUGCGUCUAUUGUUAAGUCUGAUUGGGAAACCGGUGAAGUUUUAGAAUGGAAACCACCUAAUGGGGAGAGUUGUCCAUGUGAACCAAUGUUUUGCCCAAACCCUGCUCGAAACGCUGAAGAUGAUGGCUAUGUUCUCACUAUAGUCUGUGAUAGAGAUGGAAAACACAGUAUUUUGAUCUGUCUUGAAGCUAAGACUAUGAAAGAAGUUGCAAGAGCUCACAUGCCUCAUACAUAUUCUCUUGCUCCACAUGGUACUUUUGUCGAUGGCGACUCUAUGUUUUCAGGUCCAUUGUAA